AUGUUCAUUUCCAAGGGGUUCAUCAAAGCAUGGCACAUCAUUCCUGACAAGUUGGACCAGGAACAACUUGCACACUUGUUCGGCGACGAAAGAUUGGGAACCCACAAUCCUCGAAAUGGUAAGACUUUGAUGUCCAGCCUGAAUGAGCCGUUGACUGACUCUUUCUUCUCUCUAGCCCUCUGUUUACACCGCAAAGUUGAGAGUCUUCGCAACCGGGCACACAUAGCGAUCGUCCCAGUGCCGGGGGUGAUGAAGACCCCAACCGACUAG